AUGGGUCGUAAUCAAUCAUUACCAGAUCGACUUUUUUCUCAACAAACCGAUGCUGAAUUACAACGUCAUAUUCAUUCGAAUAGUGGACUGAAACAACAACCAUUACAUUCAACAGCAACUAAAGAACAUAAACGGCUUGUCAAAGAAACUAGUACAUCACUUGUGGAAGGUCAAUGUUUACAUGCUAAAUUGCCCGAUACUGUUAAUGUUGCUAUUCAAAUUGGUGGUAAACAAGUCCAUGAACGAUAUGCAACUAAACAAAAUGAUUUCGACGAAAAAAAAUUUAAUCAGCUCAUUAAUUAUCUUGAUCCACGACUUGAAUAUAUCCGUGUCAUUAUUAUUGAAUGGUCAACAAAAUUCUCAAUUCCCAUAGCACGCAUUAUUUCAGCAGAUAUUCAAUGUAAUUUACUCAGUGCUCGACGUUGUGAAGGUUUAGAUGGUUAUAGUCAACAAGUUGAUUGGUUUAACAUCAGAAAAACUCAAAUAACAUUUUUUCAUCGGGGCACAUGA